AUGCGUGUUGUCAUCAUUCCACAACAGGCCGAGCGCAUUGCGGCCACGGAGCCUGAGACCCAGUCCACUGUCGCGCGCGCCCUCGCGCCCUUCAGCAUCCUCAAGACCAUCGCCACUGCCUCACGCGCCGCCGCCGCCGCGCUGGUCGGCCCCGGGGCGGCGCGUCGUGGGGAGCUGCCGCCUGGCGGCGGGCGCGGCUGGGACGAGCUGGUGGAGAAGGGCCGGGACAGAGAGCCAGAGGCGCUGCAGAAGACGCGCAGCGACGAGAUUGUGGAGGAGAUCCAGGCGCGGGAGCUGGCGGAGUUUGACCAGCGGCUGCGGGAGCGUGAUGCGCGGCGGCAGCGCGGGGGCGGCUGA